AUGUCACCAAAUGUGUAUUGUGUAUUUGUGUUGUUGGUAAACAUAUCUAUAUGCCAUGGACACUGCAGGCUGAGAUUGCUAGCUGAAUCCAAAGGAUAUCGGCUUGACGACACUGGACUCUUCCCUGCUACUCAGGGCGCUAAAGCAACUGCAAGCCUGAAACUCGCCACUGAGAAACAAGUUACUACUGAUUUGUGUUGGCUUGAGAAUAAGGGGCUGGAUGAUGGUACCCUGAGAAACAAGCCUGAGAGGAACACAAUCGUCAACAUGUGUCUCAGCCCUCCGAAUCCCUCCUCCAUCCUCGACUGA